AUGAAAGAUCGAUCGAGUGAAUUUAGGCAAAAAGCUGAGCAAUUUUUAACAGAUGAUAACACAUUCAUUUCGAUUGAUGUUGAAUCAAAUGUCAGUUUUGCGCAUGAUAGUUCCUUUUUUGCUGAAAUUGACGAAAUUCGAAAUGUAAUGGCCAAAUUAUCAGACGAUGUUGCCAGCAUGAAAUUGCAGCUGCGUUCAACCUUAGCUCAAACUAUCGUUGAUGAUAACCAGAAGGAAAAGCUGGAUGAAUGCAUGGCUGGUAUAAAGCAUCGCUCAGGUUUAUUGCGAAAACAUUUGUUAGCAAUGAAAGAGAAUGUUAAAAAAACAGAAAAUGGAAAAAUCAUUGGAAUUAGCAAACGCAUCCAUCAAUAUCAUAUUGAAGCAUUGUUAAAAAAGCUUUCAAAUUUACUGGAAAUAUUUAAUACUGCUCAAUUAGAUUACAGAGUGGAAGUUGCAAAACGAAUCAAACGACAAUUAGAUAUUGCUGGUGAGUAUAUGACAGAGGAUGAAAUUAAUACAAUGAUUGAUUCCAAAUCAUCGGAAAUAUUCAAUAGACAUAUACGUUCAUCAGAAUUAAAAUCAGCUUUUGAUGAUGCUAGCUUAAGGCAUAAUGAAAUAUUUAAUUUAGAAGCAAAUAUCAAAGAACUUAGUGAUUUAUACAACGAUAUGAAUUUUCUCAUACAUGCACAGGGUGAAAGGGUGGAUCGAAUUGAUAGAAAUGUGAAUGAUGCGUUUAAUUAUGUGACAGCAGGUAGUCAGCAAGCACAGGUAACUGUACAAUGUCGACAAGCGAUGAUAAAUAAAAAGUUGUAUUGUAGUGUUGGAUGUAUUAUAAUUAUUGGCUUAAUUUUAAUUGUUUUUAUUAUUUAUUUUUUGAUUAAAUGA